AUGGCAGCCGAACCAUUUCGCUUGACCGCAGUACAAGCUUUGCAAGCAUUCAGUGCUGGCACUCUUACUGUCGAGCAAUAUGCAGAGUCACUGCUGGGACGCAUCAAAGAACGAGACCCUGUUGUCAAUGCAUGGGCCCACAUCAAUCCUUCGCAGGUGUUGGAACAGGCUAGAGCGUUGGACAAGCUCCCCAAAGACCAACGAGGUCCUUUGCAUGGCGUCGCUGUGGCCAUCAAGGAUGUGAUAUACACCAAAGGUCUACCUACUCAGCACGGUUCUCCGAUCUACCAAGGAGAUCAGCCAGAAGUGGACGCAGGCAGUGUUAUGAUGCUUCGUCAAGCAGGUGCUCUUAUCCUGKGAAAGACUACAACGACUGAAUUUGCCGCGACCACCGUUGGUACCAAAACAUCGAAUGCACACGAUCCAACGCGGACUCCUGGAGGCUCCUCGUCCGGCUCAGGAGCAGCUGUAGCGGAUUUUCAAGUACCACUCAGUCUCGGCACCCAGACUGGAGGCUCAAUGAUCAGGCCGGGAAGUUUCAAUGGAAUCUACGCUCUGAAGCCGACGUGGAAUUGUAUCUCACGCGAGGGACAGAAGAUAUACAGCUUGAUCCUUGACACUCUUGGUUUCUACGCUCGAUCUGUGGAGGACCUGGAACUUCUUGGGGAUGUAUUCGGUGUGAAAGACGAUCAAAAGCCAGAGCCUUUUACAAACGGGCUCAAAGGCUCGAAGAUCGCUUUCCUCAAGACCAUGGUUUGGGAUCACGCUGGCCCCGGCACGCAAAAGGCUUGGGAAGACGGCAAGCAGUCCCUCCGAGAUGCUGGAGUCGAAGUGGAGGAUAUCGAGUUCCCCGCUGAAUUUGCGAAACUUCCUGAUUGGCACACUUGUGUCCUCUUUUCCGAUGGCAGGGUUGGGUUCCGACCAGAUUACAAGACGAACAAAGCAGGAUUGGACUCCUCUCUGAUCGAUCAUGUUGAGGAGAAGCACGGCUACACCCGAAAGCAGUAUCUCGAAGCUUUCGACGGGAUAUCCGCUCUGCGUCCAAAGUGGGAUCAAAUCGCAGACCAAUAUACUGCUGUCGUCGUACCUUCUGUACCAGAUGAAGCUCCCAAGGGGCUGGAGAGUACUGGAAGCGCAGUGUUCCAGGGCAUUUGGACUGGACUGCAUGCCCCUAUCAUCAACAUACCUGGCUUCAAGGGAGAGAAUGGAAUGCCGGUUGGACUUAGCCUCACCACUGCCCGCUACAAGGAUCAGGCAUUACUUAAUGUCGCGAAAGAGGUCAGCAAGAUAUGGGUGAAGUAG